GGGAAAAAAGUUUGCCUACAGUUUGGUGAUGGUGGCUGCUUCGUUAAUGAGGUACCUUACGAAUAAGGAAGUAAACAAGCUCUUCAUUCUUUGAUAUCAUAGAGACUAACCAGACGAAGCAUACUGACAACUGGGGCCCAACUCUAGGCUGUCCCCACCUGACAGUAACACAGUUCAAGGACCCAGCUCGGUGGACGAAAGCAGCAGCAGCAGCCGUCGAGACCAGGGCCCAAGGAAGCUGACCGGUGGGCCGGGCUCCAAUCACUGGCUCGUGGGCCCCCAUGCAGCGCAGUUUCCGCAUGCCCCGGGACACGUGCCGCGGCGGCCUCGUUCGGGGAGCCACCUCGCAGGCAACAGGGAGGCGCACAGGCCGCACCACCAUCCCACCCCCAUAGAAGCAAGUGAAAGCAAACCGGGAAGCGUGGGAGACCUGGCCUCAGAGGAGAGAGAGGACGCUGCUGGGCAGUAGCAGGCUAGCUAGCAGCACCAGGAUACAGAGAGAGUGAGAGGGGAGGAGGCGCAACAAGACUUGGAGGAGAGAGAGAGAGAGAGAGGUGAGCACCUUGCAAUGCUGCUGCUUCUGCCUUUGAUCCAUUCUUCCUAUUGCAGAAAUGCAUGUCCUUGCUUGGUCGCUUGUAUCGUCGAUUUGUGAUAGGGGAAGCUUCGUUUUUCUUUGGAUUGGUACAUAGUGUACUGUGGUAGGGAAAUGCUGUAGGAGGAAGAAGGGGGGAUAGAUGCGCAGGUCUUUGGUUCCUUCCUCCAUGGCUAGAUAGAUUGAAAACCCAAGAAAGGCUCCUUCUUUUGCAUCCUUACUUUUGUUUUACCCCCUUUUUUGGCCUGCUUAUUUGGAUAAUUUGAUCUUUUUUGUGAUUUCUUUGGUUUCAGAAGCAAGUUCCUUUACAUUUGAACUUCACAUACCUGUUCUUUUUUACUCUUGUUGAUGGCCACAAACAGGUGAAGGAAGCUAUUACCAGUAACAUUUUUCUUCGGCAACUGAAAUAAGCUACUAAUAAAUGUCUCUCGGUACUGUUAGUACAGUAUUAAUGCUUUAAUCCUCAGACAAUGCGUUUCAAGAAGUGCAGAUAAUGCUUCGGUUCUUGAAAUGCUUCGUGUUUUUACAGUUUUACUCUAUCUUUGUGUCUCUAUCCCUCACCUCGCAUCACUGUUUGCAUCUGCCGGUGGUGUCUCCCAUUCGCGAUGAACUUCUAUACUUCUGCAGUGGUUUUGUCCUGCCGGUGUCAGAGCGGGAACAGUUCAGGAUAUAUCAUAAUAACCUUCUCGACAGUUAGGUGAGUGCAGAAGGAUUUGGUGAGGAAUCUCAUCAUGCAGACUUCAAAAACAAGGAAUGGGCCUUCAGAUGCCCCGCAGAGGACUUCUCCAAGGACACCACGGUCAUCUCGUGUGGCCAAAACUGGAGGGAAUGAAACUGAUUCUACAGGAGUUACCCCAACAAGAACACCUACGGAGAGGAGCCCUAAGGUCACUGAGCGGCGGUCUCCACGAAGCCCAAUUACUGAGAAGAAGCGGCCAAGUAGGCUAUCUGAAUCGGAGUCUAAGGUCAGCCAGCUGCAAGAUGAACUGAAGAAGGUCAAGGAGCAGCUUAGCUUAUCGGAGGCACGAAGGCACCACACACAGCAGGAAGCUGAGGAAGCAAAAAAGCAGGAGCAGGCUGCAAUCUCGAAGCUGGAGGACUUGCAGCGCCAGCUUGAUGAGUCCUCAGCUGCAGAGCAAUCCCAUCUCCAGGAACUGCGCAAGAUCUCACAGGAGCGCGACCGUGCCUGGGAGUCUGAGCUCGAGGCUGUGCAGAAGCAGCAGUCAGCAGAUACCACUGCACUCAGCUCAGCCAUGUCUGAGAUUCAGAGGCUGAAGCAGCAGCUGGAAGCCACAGCACAGUCUGAUGCUGCCCGUGCAAAGCAAUGUGAGUAUGCAGAAUCUGAGAUUGAGGGCCUAAAGCAGGACAUGGAGAUCCGCCUAGCGACUAUCGAGGGCCUGAAGGUCAAUGUCGGUGAGAGUGACAAGGCUGCAGCUGAGGCGAAUUGCAUGGCAACUGAAACCAAGCAGCAGCUGGAGGCAGCAAAAGCCACCAUCGACUCGCUAGUAGCUGAGGGUGUCCGUAUGCAGGAAUGCCUGAGGUUAAAGGACAUGGAGCUCAAUGAGUCUAAGGCUCUCAUAGCGUCUCUCGAGGAGGAUCUGAAGAAUGCACAGGCUGAAGGUCAUGAAUCUCUGAAGAAGGCGCAGGACACAGGUAAUAUUGGUGACAGCUUUGGCAAUCCUGAGCCUGAAGCUCUGAAGAAGGUGCUGACCACUAGUGAUGCCAAUGGGGGUUGUGAAAGUUCUGACCCAGAGAUUGAACACUUGCGUACUGCGCUUGAGGUGGCUGAGAUAAGGUACCAGGAGGUGCAAACUCGGAUGACUAUUGAGACGAAGACCGCAUACCAAAUGCUGGAGAAUGUGAAGGCUGAGUGCGCGUGCAGAGUGUGUGAUCUUGAACACGAGCUGAAGAAAAAUAAUGAUGAACUCAUGGAAGCGAAGGCAGCAUGUGUGAGCAUAGUGCAGCAGGACCUUCACAAGCCAGAUGCCAUGAGUGACAUGCAGCCGGAGCUGGAGGCCAAGCUGAUGAAGUCAAUCACCGACAUCGCCGAGCUCAAGGCGAGCCUGAUGGACAAAGAGAACGCGCUGCAGAGCAUGGCGGAGGAGAACGAGACCCUCAAGUCGGAGGUGGGCAAGAUGAAUGCCGAGCUGCAGCACAAGUACGAGGCGGCGGUGGCGGAGCUGGAACUUGCUAAGGCCGCUGAGCAGGACGUCCGGAUGCGGCUCGGUUUCGUAACCGAGGAAGCCGACAAGAGCAGCCGGCGCGCGGCUCGGGCCUCUGAGCAGCUGGAUGCUGCGCAGGCGAGCAGCGCGGAGAUGGAGGCCGAGCUGCGCCGGCUGCGCGUGCAGUCUGACCAGUGGCGCAAGGCCGCCGAGGCAGCCGCGGCUGCGCUCACGGGUGCCGGCGGAGUGGACAACAACAACAACAGUAAGACGGUGGAGAGGACGGGGUCGCUGGACCCAGAGUACAACUCCCUCGGCGGGAAGCUGAUGAGCUCGCCGUUCUUGGACGAGGUGGACGGGGAGUCGCCGAAGCGGCGCAACAGCAGCGGCGUGCUGAGGAGGAUGAGCGGGCUCUGGAAGAAGAGCCCCAAGUGAGAUGAAUCAAAGCAGAGUCAGGUAGUGUAGGUGCAGCAGCAAGAUCCAACGAGUGAUGAGAUGCUACAGCCGCCAUAUUCGGUAGUGAUCAGUGGAGAGUUCUUUUACUGCAUGGUACGCUAGUAGUGUAAGCAUCUGGGUGCUGUAUGAGUAGUUAGGCUGAUGAAUGCAUGGAUGGAUACCUGCAAGACAAGAUCUACAGCUAACAUUCUGGACAUCAUAUUGCUUGGCUACUGCAGUUAAAACUUGAAAAAAAAACUUGGUGAGGAGGAGCAGCUGCUUUGGGCUGCCUAUGCUCCAGCAUCGUUCUCAUAUGCUGUACUAUCAUAUCAUGC